UUUGACCUGAGCUCUGAUAUCGUUAGUCUGGAGGAUGUGGAGUCCAUUUUUGGCUCAUAAGUAGAAUAAGUCAUCAUAAAUAUAAGUAGUAAUAAAUAACGUUAAAUGAUUGGUCAAAGCAUUAAAAUUAUGUUUUAAAAACUACAAAAAAAAAUCUCCGCCUACGAAUCCCAGAAUGCCCCUGUGCGAGGAGCAGCCGGCUCCACGUGCUCGGAGGUUUAAACGAGCGGCUGCAGCGCAUAGAAGGGGCGGGAAAGUGUGUCACUGGGGCACGAGGCUCUCCCCGCGGUCACAUGGUCCCGUUUUCUGCCGCGUGCGGGCACGGCGGCCCCCGCACAUUCAUCAUCAUCAGCGUCCUGCUGCGCGCGCGCCUUGUUUCAAAACACACAGGCAGGCAGACAGAGGCGCGCGUGCAGCAGGACGGAUCGCUUGGUUCCGCGUGCAGCAGGAGCAGUAGUUUGAAUUCACAGAAUAAGACCCCGCUUCUUCUUCUGUGGUGGUUUCUUCUCCCACGUCUCCGAGCCUGGGAUGCGUGCGCAGCGGUAGCUUUCUGGGACUUUUAAACGAGGGUCGCGUGCGUGACUUUUUCUCGGAUGUCACAGUGACCACCGCUGCCAUGGACACGAACAACAACAACAACAACCCAGGAGGCGUGAUCUCCUACGUGGGCUCCUCCGGAGGCUCUCCCACUCGGACCAGUCCGGUCUCCAUGUACAGUGAGAACUCCAACUCCCAGUCCUUCUUCACCUCCUCCUCCUCCCUCACCCUGCCGUUCCUCAGCUCCGGCUCCAGCUCAGGGUCAGCCGGAGACGACGGGUCCUCCUCGGCCUCCUCGUCGGCGGGAGGCUCGCCUCGAGGCCGCGACGACGGCGGCUCUCUGAGGACGUCGCCCAGCAAGUCUGUGGCCAGUUUGACCAAGCUGAACGGCAUGGUGCUGCUCUGUAAGGUCUGCGGCGAUGUCGCCUCGGGUUUCCAUUACGGCGUGCACGCCUGCGAAGGCUGCAAGGGCUUCUUCCGCCGCAGCAUCCAGCAGAACAUCCAGUACAAGAAGUGCGUGAAGAACGAGAGCUGCACCAUCGUGAGGAUCAACAGGAACCGCUGCCAGCAGUGCCGCUUCAAGAAGUGUCUGUCUGUGGGCAUGAGCCGCGACGCGGUGCGCUUCGGGCGGAUCCCGAAGCGCGAGAAGCAGAGGAUGUUGGCCGAGAUGCAGAGCGCCAUGAAUAACAUGGUGAACAACCAGCUGCAGAGCGACUUCCAGCUCGCCAGCCUGUCGUCGUCCUCCUCUUCCUCAUCCUCUUCCUCAUCCUCUUCCUCCUCGCCGUGCCCGGGGGUGACCAUCGCCCCCCGGCCUCAGCCCUCAGCCCUGCCUCCAGCCCCCUCCUCACCCUCCCCACCUGCUUCGGCUUCCUCUUCCUCCCCACCGCCUCUUCCCUCCCAUCAGAGCUCCUCCCCCUCCUGCUCCCCACCCCCCAGCCCCGGGAUGGACUCCACCAUUAGCGCCAUUGCUCGCGCUCACCGCGAGACGUUCCUAUACGCUCACGACAAGCUGGCCAAUAACCACGUCCACCACAAUGGGGAGGCGGAGCUCUGGCAGCCCAACCGCUGCCCAAACGGUUACCAUGCCAACGGCCUCAACACCAUCUACCACCACAAUAACAACCUGGCCACAGAGUGCUACCUACCGGAAAACAGCCGCACACAUCUUCACCGUAGCAACGGGAGGCAAAGCCAGCAGAGCGGUCCCGCUGGUCAUGUGACCCAGGAGCAGCGCUGUCCAGUGAAGAAGCAGACGGGGAUCGUGCUGGCUUGUCCAAUGAACAUGCAGCCUCACGCCGACCCCUCGAAGACCCCGCAGCAGAUAUGGGAGGACUUCUCGCUGUCCUUCACGCCCGCCGUCAGGGAGGUGGUAGAGUUCGCCAAACAUAUCCCAGGAUUCAGCGGUCUGUCCCAGAACGACCAGGUGGCCCUGCUGAAGGCCGGCACCUUUGAGGUGCUGAUGGUGCGUUUUGCGUCGCUGUUUAACAUGAAGGAGCAGACGGUGACGUUCGUCUCCGGCGCCACCUACAACCUGCAGGAGCUGCGGGCGAUGGGCAUGAGGGACCUGCUGGGAGCCAUGUUUGACUUCAGCCACAAGCUGGCGGCGCUGGAGCUGGACAGCGAGGAGCUCGGACUCUUCACCGCCGUGGUGCUCGUGUCAGCAGACCGCUCCGGCAUCGAAGACGUGGCGUCGGUGGAGCAGCUGCAGGAGAAUCUGAUCCGCGCUCUUCGCUCGUUGGUCAACAAGUCGCCCGUCGCCCCAGAGAGCGAGCACCUCGACGUGGACUCGCCACGCUUCACCAAACUGCUGCUGAAGUUGCCAGAUCUGCGGACGCUCAACAACAUGCACUCUGAGAAGCUGCUGUCCUUCCGCAUCGACGUUUGAUGACAUCACUGCGAUGUCACCGCAUCGCCACGCUCUCCAGCCCUUAACAUCGCAGCAUCAUCCAGACCGCAUCGGACUGGCAGGAUGAUGAUGUCAUCAGCAGAACUUUGCAAGACAUGCGUCUCCCCGCCAAAAUAAAAGUCUGCUUUAAAACAGCUGGUUGAUGUUUUAAAGGAGCAGGCUGCCAUUUUUAAACCACACUAUUUUAACCUGUGUAAGCCCAAUCCGUUAGCUUAGCCUAGCCAGCCCAGUUCUUUGACUUUACUGGAGCGUCGCCAGCAGGAAGUCUGAAAGACAAAAGAAAGAAGCGUGAAGGACGUGGACGACGACAGUACGCUAACUGAUGAGCUCACACAGGACAAACCUGUUCGUUCAGCUUCACUUCCACUUCCUGUUGAUGUCAUCAUUCUGUCUGAUUUUAGCUUCGUUAACGUUCAUGAUGAGUUCAGACGCUUUUAAUUUGAAAGUUUUCCCAGCUGGAGACAGAUGCACACUAAAAGUAGCUCUUUCAAACAUCUGGACGCAUCCAGCUGCUUUUAAUGAUUUUAAGGACUUUGGGAUCAGCUCCUUCGAUUUUCAGCGGCCGGCGAUCUCUGACUGCGGCGGCCUCCACUUCCACUCUGCAGGAAACAGAAACUCUUCCAGUACGAACUGAUUCAUCCUGAACUUCCAAACUGUGGAGCGCCCGGAAUGAUGACUCCACCUACUACAGAGAUGGAGGAGGCGGGGCGUGACCUGGCGACGCCUCAGACAAACCUUAUGCAGCUGAUGUUCUGUAAAGAAACUGUACAUAGCCAUGAACACAAAGAUCCAGCUAUACUUGAACUGUUUCCCUGAGAUCUGUUGUACACAACUAUUUUUGGUUAAUAUGAAUAUAUGCCUGUGCAGAUAUCGUGACUAUUAAAGUAUGUACGAGCGAGGAAGUGCACCUGAUGAAAGAAGAUCUCUGAUGUGUUUUAAUCUGUGGUUUAUGUUGUAAAGACGUUAUAUAAAAAUGAUAUAUAAAUAUA